CACCUGUCUCGAAGAACGUGAGUUAUGCAACAUGAAGAAAGCGAUUCUCUUGGGUGCUUUGUUGCUGGGGUUUGCCUGGGGUGAUUCAUGUGGUACUGGCGCGACAACCACUAUUCGGCCCCCGGCGACAGAGACUGGAUGCAAGACCUAUACUGGAAGCAUCGCUGUAGCGACAGAUGUACAAACGGAUCCGGAAUGGCUUCGCUUCGUCGAAGAAGUCUCCGGAUCCAUAAUCGUCCACAAUCACCGCAACAUGGUGACACUAUGGCUAUCCCAUCUCCAUAAAGCGAGCACCAUAUCCGUCAAGGACCAGUCAUCGCUCAGCUUCGCAGCUUUGGACCACCUUGAAGAGCUGGAUAACCUAGAAUGCAUCUCUAACCUCGUAAUCGCGGACACGACAAUCCCUGCCAUACACGACGUAUCCAACUCAAGAGCAUUCAGCCGUCUGGAAACAGCCGAAACCAUCCGGCUGGAGCUCAAUCUGGCCAUGAAAGAAGUCAAUCUACCAGUGCUCAAGUCCGUCAGCAAAGCGUUGAUCAUCGGCGACAAUGGCGAAGGAUCUCACAUCUAUUUCCCGCGCUUAGAGUGGGCGAGAAGCGUCACCGUUCGCGACAAUGGCCGCCAUCAUCCUUACAGCCAUGGCACGCUGGAGCUGCCGCGCAUCACCGAUAUCAAAGGCCCCCUCCGUAUAAGCAACAACCCCAGCCUCGAAAGAGUGCUCCUACCCAUGCUAGAGAACAUCGAAGACGAUCUGAGAAUCGAGAACAACCCGUCCCUGCAAGCCAUUUCGUUCGAAAACCUGGUAAACGUCGACGGCGACAUCCUCCUACGCGGAGAUUUCGAAACCAUCGCCUUCCCCGCCCUCCUCUACGUCGGCGGCUCCCUCACAGCGUCCAGCACGCACGCCAACUUCUCGUGCGCCCAGCUCGACGACCUGCGCCUCUACGUCAACGGCGACGUCCUCUGCCAGCACGUCCCUCCCGCGUACACGCACACGCCAACACCGCACCCCACACCCGCUCGCCGCCCCCACGCCCCGCCCAACUACAACCCGCUGCAGCACCCGCGCCAGAAAACCUCGUACUCGCCCCUCAUGGACCGGCCCGUCCCGACCUCCAUCCUACUACUCUGCGCUGUCCUGGUCGCGGUCGCGGCGCGCUGCCUCCUGCUAAGGGUGGCGAGGCCGCUGCUCAAGGAAAGACUGGUCCUGCUGGUGCGGUUGGCGGGGUUUGUCUAUGCGUUGGGCUGGGUCGCGUAUGCCCUGUUUGCGUUUUCGGGGUUGGUGUUUGCUUAGGUUGGUGGCGAGGAGGCUUUCGUUCACUUGGACGGCUUUGUUGUGAUGAUGCGUGUGGGAGUGGCUCGGCUGUUGGGGAAGGUUGGGGUUGGUACUUGUUUGGAGAGUGGGUGUAGUGUUCGUGGUUGUAAAGUGUUGGCCUCAUGCAGCUUUACAUUUGAAAACUGAAAAUAGUAAAUGUUGAAAUGC